CAGCACGCAACACACCCACUACACAGGCGUCCGUUGUAGCCACGAUGUCGGCGUUUGUUUCUCCUGAUAAUAAAAUGAACUCGGAGUCCCCUACUGGAAGAUUUGAUGCUGAUCCAAGCCCUCCGAAACCUCUCGUCCAAAUCAAACUCCGUGACCAUCUCUGAAAUCGAAUACAAGCGCCUGCUCCAAGCGUCGCAGCAGUUCACCAAGUUGAAGAACUCGCUUCUCGAAGGGGGCUUGUCGCAGGAGACUCUCGAUAUCUUGAUCUAUGGCCCUCCGUCGACUCCUCCAGGUAUUGGAGGCCACACGGCAGGUACCGCGUCCCCACAGCGAGGGCAUACAAAGCGUGAAAUUGUUCCGCGUCGCAGAAGCUCAGAUGAGAGCUCCGAUCUAGAUGCUGCAUCUGAAGACGACCACGAUGAUGCCACCUCGGUCGACUCGCCCACCAGCGACGGAAAAGCAGAGGACCACGACAAUUCAUCCAGGAGCGAGGCAUCUGCGGCUACCCCUACUGAUCAACGCACUGUGAUGAUCCGCAACCUGCCCGACCGCGUCACUUACAGAGACGUUGUCGACGCUGUGAAGAGUGGUGGUGCCCUGGUUCAUGUCUACCUGAGGGCUCGUGAGCGGAUUGCAAGUGUUUCGUUUGUGGAAGAGGCUGCGGCCCGCUCCUUUCUGCAGCAUAGCAACACUCACGGCCUGUUGGUGGCUGGCAAACGCGUCGAAACGCUAUGGAACGACCGGCAGUUCUACGUCCCUCCCUAUGUCAGAAACAAGAUCUACAAUGGAGCCUCGAGAAACCUAGUUCUCUACAACGUGCAUCCGAACGUCACCGAGUGGGUCAUCCGGAAAGAUCUGGAGCAUAUCCACAACCUAAUCGUAAUCUCGGUUAAAUUCAACAAUGGCAAUGCCUACAUAUCCACCAACUCCGUGCACAAUGCCCUGUUUGCGCGAUCCUGCAUGAUGUCCCGUUUCACGUACAAGGGUACGAGAAUUGGGUUCUAUCCAGACGAGUGUGCGGAAUCGCAGGGUAAGGUACCCAUCGGGCCGAGACACGGAGUGCCAGAUGCUUCGGCUGGGAAAUCCACCUCGGUACUCAACCGCUUCCAUAUCCUGUCCCUUGAUGGGGCUGAUGACGAUGAGAGCGAAGAUUACGAUGGCCAUGGUGUAAUGAGCGGUCACCUUAACGGCAACGUCCGCUGGACAGACAACAGCGUUUCUGCCUAAGCCCUUCAAAGCACCCUCUCGACCUUUACUUGCCUACGUUCGCUGAACUUCUUCCGUAUCAUGUCAUCGGUGGUCUACUGCAUCGAACAAUCUGUUGCAUCUCAUUCGAUGCAGCUGAAUUUGGAGUUUAAGUCAAGAGCAUGCGAGUCUGCGGGGGCAUUGCAUCAAUGUCAUGUUAGCGCGAAUCAGAACCGGGUCAACUGGUGUCCGUUUGAGGUGGGAAGGAUUGCAUGGAACUGGGAUGGGAGGGAUGUUUAUGUCAAAACCUCAAUCUUAUGUCGGGUGCGGGUCGUGGUUUCGUUUUGAGAUAGCUUAGCAUACUAUGCUUUCCUACUAAGACAGCAUACUGAUAGUCAGAAUAUCCACCAGCUUGGGGUCCCG